AUGGAGGCUAUAAGAAUGCUGAUAGCCUUUGCUGCCCAUAUGGAAUUCACCUUAUAUCAGAUGGAUGUAAAGAGUGCCUUUUUGAAUGGUUAUCUGAAGGAGGAAGCGUUUGUCAAACAACCUCCUGGAUUUGAAAAUGUUGCACCCCUAGAUACUCUCCCACCCACGAGUGAGAAGCCACAAGAGGAGAAAUUCACUAUAGAAAAGGGUGUAGGUGAUCUAAGGAAGGAGAUAGAUACUACUGCUAUGGAGCCUGUGAGUGAGAAUGAGGGAGCAUAUGGAGAUGAGAAGGAGAGUGAUACAGAUGAUAAGACAGUUGAACAGGUUAAUGAUUCUGCAGAAGAAAAAAAUCAUAGUGAAGAAGAGGACGACUCUAAAAGUAAGGGUGAGGAUAAAGAAAAGGUAAGUGAGAGUGAAGGAGGUGAUGAAGAGAGUGAGGAAGAAGAUGAGAAUGUGAGUGAGGAAUCUAAAGGCUCUAUAACCAUUGGGAACAUUGUUAUAGCCCCUUCAGAAAAAACUGGUGGAGAGACAAGGGCUCAAGAAACUGGGUCUCUAUUAACUCCUUUCACUGGAGAUAAAGAAGUUAGCAGUGAUGAAGAUGAUGUGCCACUAUCUGAGGCCAUUAAGGAGUCUAGAAGUGCAAAGAAGCCAAGGAAGAAAGUUUCAAUUUUGAAACCUGUUGUUGAGCUGGAUGGAGAAGAUGAGUCUUACUCUGCCUUGCCAGCUAAGUCCUCUUCACCAAAGAGAAAGGUUCCCAAAGUUCCAAAAACUACUACCCCUUCUACAAGGGCCAGUAAGGAUAAAACAAGAAAGAAUGUGCCAACUGCAGUUGAUUGA